UCCUUAGUCAGCAACUGUCAAUCAAGUGACGUCGGCGUUUCUGCAGGUGCAAGACGAAGUGCUGCAUCAGUGCAAUAGAAGCUGCAUCAAAAAUCGCUUUAAACGAUGGCUUCAGCUACAGACGCCCGUUAUGGACAGAAGGAGUCUGCCGACCAGAACUUCGACUACAUGUUCAAGAUCUUAAUUAUUGGCAACAGCAGCGUGGGCAAAACCAGCUUCCUGUUUCGUUAUGCUGACGACUCGUUCACACCGGCUUUUGUCAGUACUGUCGGCAUCGAUUUCAAAGUGAAGACCAUCUACAGGAACGACAAGAGGAUCAAGCUACAGAUUUGGGACACAGCAGGACAGGAGAGGUACAGGACCAUCACCACCGCCUACUACCGCGGAGCCAUGGGCUUCAUCCUGAUGUAUGACAUCACCAAUGAAGAGUCCUUCAACGCCGUGCAGGACUGGUCCACGCAGAUUAAGACGUACUCGUGGGACAACGCACAGGUACUGCUGGUGGGAAACAAGUGUGACAUGGAAGACGAGAGGGUGGUGUCGGGAGACCGAGGCAGGCAGCUGUCCGAACACUUGGGCUUCGAGUUCUUUGAGGCCAGUGCCAAAGACAACAUCAACGUAAAGCAGACCUUCGAGCGCCUGGUAGAUAUCAUCUGCGAGAAGAUGUCUGAGAGCUUGGAUGCAGCCGAUCCAGCCAUCACAGGGGCCAAACAGGGGCCGCAGCUUACCGAGCAGCCUGCUGCCUCCCACCAAGACUGCGCUUGCUAGACAUCCCUCUCGC